ACAACACACACAUCAUGUCUGCCUUCAUGUCUUCGCUGCGUCCUGCCAUGCGCGCCACCUCCGGCGCCGCACAGGCUGCGCGGUCCUUCAGCUCCUCCUCGUCGCGCUCCGCCGCGAAGAUGUUCAUCACCGGCCGCCUUGCGACCGAGCCCGAGUUGCAAGUCACCGCCUCCGGCACGGAGAUUGUCAAGUACUCUGUCGCCACGCAAUACUACUCCAAGGGCGAGAAGCCGACGAGCUACUUCAAGGUCUCGGUCUUCCCCGAAGGCGGCCAGAAGGAUUUCAUCCUCGGCCUGCCCAAGGGAACUCUUGUUUUCGUCGAAGGAGAUGCCGCCAUGCGCACAUAUGAAGACGCCAACGGUAACAAGCGAUCGUCGCUGAACAUCCUUCAACGCACUCUUGAGGUCCUGAGACGCCCUUACAUUCCCACCGAGUCCGCCGAGGGCGACGAGCAGGGCACCAACUAAGCCAGAGUCCACACCAUGCACAAAACCUCAGCAAGGCGCAGGCACUCCGUCGACGCAAACAAAAAACACAUACACACACACCACACCCUACUCGGGAUUCAAUAUCCGCUGCACAACGAAAUAGGACCGGUAGUUCUUCGCGAGGAACCCUUGCCCUUCCCAGCUUGGAAGGAGUAGGAUCGCGUAUUUCUUAGAGAUCAGGCCUUGGAUUCAUGUCGGUAGAACGGAUGUGUUGCUUUCUGGUCGGCAUUAUUUAUGUCUCUCUCUCUCUCUCUCUCUCUCUCUCUUCAUCUCUCCCUGCGCCCGCUAUACCCGGUCGUUGACAUGACUGUAUGUCUGUGGUUCCGCCUGUCUGCCUGUGUUUCACGGUUACGGCCAUACAUCCCCCAUUUGUACUUAUAGCGCGAUAUAAUUAAAGUUGG